UCCUACGCGGACCUUGUACCGGCAUUCGUCACGCCGCAAGUUCUGUGCGUCACCUUUCGAGGAUUCUUUCCGAAUCCAAAGUCGUCUGGAAUCAAAUGUGAAAACGGCGGCUGAAAGGAGCCCACCCGUGCCAAAAAUCCACCAAAUUUGCCACAGACGGCGGCAAAGCACAACUUGGGACGCCGCAGUUCCCGUUCCCAGUUCACGCCGGAUCAGCCGGUCAAGUGAUGUGGCCUCACGGUUCGGAGGACCCGGGUUCCAUCCCGACCCCGCCUGUGCGGAGUUUGCAUGUUCUCCCCCGUGCCCGCGUGGCUUUUCUCCGGGUGGCCGCUCCGCUUUCCUCCCACAUCCCAAAAACAAGCGACAUUCAUUGGACACUCCAAAUUGCACCCGUCGGUGUGAUUGUGGGCGCGAUCGGCUGUUUGUCUCGACGUGCCCCGCGAUUGGCUGGCGACCAGUUCACGGUGUGCCCCGCCUCCUGCCCGUUGACAGCUGGGAUAGGCUCCGGCACUCACUCCCCGUGGCACUCAUGAGGAUAAGCGGCUCAGAAAAUGGAUGGAUGGAUGGAUGGAUGGCCUUUUUUUUUUUUUUGUACGCAGCGGCCCCCCCACAGACGUGUUCUCUUCCUUUGGGCUCGUCACCGUGUGUCCUCCUUUCCCACGUCAGCCUCUCGUCUUCCUUCCUUCACGUCAUCCGUCGACCUUUCUUGGGCUUUUUCGCUCUUUUUGGCAGUUCCAUCCAUCCAUCCAUCCAUCCUCACUUGCCUUCUGGAAGUUUCCAAACCAUCCGAGCCUUCUCUCUCUGUCUCCAAAACGUCGAACCUCAACCGUCCCUCUCGUGAGCUCAUUUCCUGUCCAACCUGGUGUAGGUGUCAUCAUUUCCUCUCGUUUGACCUUUGCCACCCUGACCUCUGACCUUCCUCUCAAGUGUCCCAUUUCUUCUUCUCGUCUCUCCUCGUUUGAUUUUGUGGACUUUGAGCUUCUGCCAGCAAGUUUCCUUCUCUCCUUUCCUGCGUAAUGGACUCGACAAGCCCGGAUUGGUUUCCACCCGAAAGCGACGCCACUGCGCCAUCUACUGGGACGUUUUUGUCAUUGCGGCAGUUUUGACAAACGACAGACAAGACUCUGGAUCGACACGCGGGCUCGGCGCCGGUUCCAGACGUACCCGUUGACGAAUAUGCACAAUGGUGGCAAUGAUUAAGGCUCGGAUUCCAUUUCAUAAAUAUGAAUGAUCAUAAUGAGUGGAGGUGAAGAAGAAGAAGAAGAUUGAUGUCCCAGGGCGCGCUGGGAUCGCCCCGUUGGAAUGUUCGCUUCCGUCGUGCCGGGCUGGCAUCUUGUCCACGGUGCCCCCCCCCCCCAUCCCAGCCCAAAUUGCUAAGCUAGCUAACGUAUCAACGCUCCGAGAGGAAACUUGCUUAAUUUCAGAAUAAAACUGGCGCACAAUUUGGACACGGGGAAGUCCCUUCAACGGGCUCUUGUGACGUCAUCCCCCGGGUUCGCGAUGACAGGCCCGAAAGGAGAAGCGAAAUACUGCGGGGUGGUCUUUUAUUGUGAAGGCGUGAAGCGGAUGUGCUGCGAUUGUCGCCCGACGCUCUCUUGACGGUGGUCUGGCCCGUGUGGGGGCGACUGGUCGGACUGCGGCGUUUGCGUUUUCGGCCAACAUGGAGCGAAUCUCCGUACGAUUGACUUCAAAGGGAUUCUAACCAGCGCCGGGGGAAAAUGGCCGAGAGGUUGGAGUGGGUGGAGAUCAUCGAGCCGCGCACGCGCGAGCGCAUGUAUGCCAACCUGCUGACGGGCGAGUGCGUGUGGGACCCGCCGUCGGGCGUGCGCAUCAAACGCACGGGCGACAACCAGUGGUGGGAGCUGUUCGACCCCAACACGUCGCGCUUCUAUUACUACAACGCCUCCACGCAGCGCACCGUCUGGCACCGCCCCCAAGCCUGCGACAUCAUCCCGCUGGCCAAGCUGCAGACGCUCAAGCAGCACACCGACGCCGCCAGCCCCCGCCACUGCGCCGCCGCCGCCGGAGGGGGGGGCGCCGCGUCGGCCGACGACAGCCCGGGACGGAACAGCGGCGUCAGCCGGGAGGGGAGCACCUCGUCCUCUCUGGACCAGGAAGGGACGACGGACAAGCAGGCCGGCAAAGACGACGCAGAGCGGACGUCGCCGUUCAGGUGGAACACGGGCACGAAGGAGCGCAUGCUGAUCAAGGUGACGGACCGGGAGCCCAGCUUCCUGUCCCACCAGGGAAACGGUUUCUCCCCGCGCGAGCCGCCAGCGGCCUCGCAGAGCCGUCGUUCGCCGCCGCCCUCCGAGCCCGACGCCUCGCCGGUCCCGUACCCGGAGCGCCGCCAUUCUCCUUUCCUGAAGCGCGCCGAGACGGGCGGCACCCAGCGGCGCUCGUCGGCCGACUCGCAGCCGUCGUCCCCGCGCUACGCUUACGAGCCGCCGCUCUACGAGGAGCCGCCCUCCGAGUACCAGCCGCCGCCCAUCUACGAGGAACCGCCCUCCGACGUCCACCUUUCCGAUCCCUCCUCCUUCUACGGCACCGGAAAGUCACCCGCCCGCAAGACCUCGGGGCCCCUCUACCACUCCCCCAAGCAGUCCCCUUACGGCCAGCUGGUUCUGACCCGCCAGAAGUGUCCGGAUAAGACACAGAGUCUGGAGUACAGCCCUGUGGGGAAGGAAUACGUCAAGCAGCUGGUGUACGUGGAGCAGUCGUCGUCGUCCAGCCCCCGCUUCAAGACCGCCGACCGCCUGCUGCGCUACGGCACCGCGGGCGGCUACGGCGGGUCCCGCGGGGGCUCCUACACCCUGCAGCACAGCCAGUCUCUGAUCAGGGACCCCCGCCUGGUGCUGGACUACAGCGGCGAGGGCGGCCAGAGACUGCUUUACGAAGACGCCGUACCCUGGUCGUCCAGCCAGACUCGCUCUCUGUCCUCGUCGUCCCCCGGCGGAACCCGCAAGCGCAAGAGCCGCAAGCCGUCGCUCCCCCAGGAGCUGGCCCGCGGCGGCCUCGACGGCGACUUCGGGGGCACGGCGUCCGAGGCCGUGCUGGCGCAGGCCCGGCUGGCGUGGGAGGCGCAGCAGGUGAUGAAGCAGCGCAGCAGCUGGGACUCGGGCCAAGGCGGCGCCUCGCAGGGCUCCAGAGACGGCUACGAGAGCGACGGCGCCGUGCCGCCGCCGCUGCCGGGGCCGGUGGUGAGGGCCUUCAGCGAGGACGAGGCGCUGGCGCAGAGCGACGGACACCUCUGGAAGCGGAGCACCUUCGAGCGCCUCGGAUUCCCGCAGGCCCUGCUGGAGAAGAGCCUCUCCGUGCAGACCAGCCUGGCCUCGCCCGAGACCUACCUCCACCCCUCGCAGUCGGAGGACCUGGGAGCCUGCGCCCAGUUUGAGGCCAGCCGCAACGCCAGGAACAUGAUGCCGAGCGCCAGCUGCGGCGUUUUCCCGGAAUUCACCCUGCGGAAGCCGUCCUCCGAGACCGACAUCGAGAACUGGGCGUCCAAGCACUUCAACAAACACACGCAGGGCUUGUUCAGGCGGAAGGUGUCGAUCGCCAACAUGCUGGCGUGGAGCAGCGAGCCCAUCAAGAAGCCCAUGAUCGUCACGUCGGACCGCAACGUCAAGAAGGAGGCGGUGGACAUCUUCAAGCUCAUCCAGACCUACAUGGGCGACCGGCGCACCAAAGCCGACCCCCUCUGCGUGGCCCUGGAGGUGGUGGUCCGCGGGUGGAGCAACCAGGGCCUCCGCGACGAGCUGUACAUCCAGCUGUGCCGGCAGACCACCGAGAACUUCCGCUACGACAGUCUGGAGCGCGGCUGGGAGCUGAUGGCCGUCUGCCUGGCCUUCUUCCCGCCCACGCCGCGUUUCCACAACUACUUGGAGGGAUACAUCUGCAGACAUAUGGACCCCCUCAACGACACCAAGGGAGUUGCUAUUAGCAGCUAUGCUAAGCACUGCUACAGGAAGCUAACCAAGGCGGCGCUGACCGGAGCCAAGAAGGGUCUUCAGAAGCCGUGCCUGGAGGAGAUCCAGCACGCCCGCAACGCCAUCUUCAGCCCGUCCAUGUUCGGCUCCUCCCUGGAGGAGGUCAUGGCCCUGCAGAGGGAGCGUUACCCGGACCACCAGCUGCCCUGGGUCCAGACCCGCCUCUCCGAGGAGGUCCUGGGCCUCAACGGGGACCAGACGGAGGGCAUCUUCAGGGUUCCGGGAGACAUCGACGAGGUCAACGCCCUCAAGCUUCAAGUGGACCAGUGGAAGAUCCCCACGGGUCUGGAAGACCCCCACAUCCCGGCGUCGCUGCUGAAGUUCUGGUACCGCGAGCUGGAGGAGCCGCUCAUCCCGCACGAGUUCUACGACGAGUGCGUCAAGAACUACGACAACGCCGACGCCGCCGUCCAGGUGGUGCUGGGCCUGCCGCACAUCAACAAACUGGUGCUCUGCUACCUCAUUCGCUUCCUGCAGGUGUUCGCGCAGCCGGCCAACGUGUCGGUGACCAAGAUGGACGUCAACAACCUGGCAAUGGUGAUGGCGCCCAACUGCCUGCGCUGCCAGUCGGACGACCCCCGCGUCAUCUUCGAGAACACCCGCAAGGAGAUGUCCUUCAUCAGGCUCCUCAUACACGCCCUCGACACCCGAUUCAUGGACGCCGUCCUAUAGCCCCGCCCAAAACCAACCAAACAAACGAGACACCUUCGGCCUUCCGGGUCUCGCGCCGGCGUGUGCGCUUUGUCCUCGGCCGAUCGGCCAUCUUUUCGUUCCCGAAAACGGGCGCCAGAGUGCUUCUUCGUAGAGAUCGAAGGGGUCAAAGGUCGGCACACUCCCACCCACAGCCCCGGAGUGCGAUGAUGAUGGGGCGGGGCGGGGGUGGGCUGAAACAAACAAACAAAAACAAAAAAAAAAAACGCUACCCAUCACGACUGCAAAUAACAUUUUAGGAUUCGGCAAAAAGUUCAGACGAGCUCGUCGUGAAGAGUAAUUAAGUACAAAAGUGACUUCGUUCAUUCAAUUCACAUCAAAGUGAAAGCGAAAUUGUGUACCCGAGUCCAAAAAAAUAACAAAUUGGUCAAAGGUGAAACAUGGCCAAUACUGGAUUUCAACCAUCUUCCAAGUGGCAUUCUAAUAUGGCGGGUUUACAUUUUGAUCGUGUUUGGAUUCAUUUCAGCGAUUCUUUCCUGCGUCACGAGAAGGAGCCGGCGUCCCCCUGGCGGUGUUCCGAGCCCACUAUGAUUCCCCUCUUGUCCAAUUUGGGGGUCGUUUACAUUUUUUUUCAAGCCCCCCAACACACACACUUUUUUUUUAGCAGUUUAUCUCCUUUUGUUCAAAAAUUUGGCUGUACGCAAUUAUUAUGGGAUGGAUAAUCCACAAAUUUUUGCUCUCGGCAGUCCGCGAUAAGCGGCCGUCCGUUCUAUUCCGUGUACCAGCGGGUGAGGACAAAGUGCACACUAGUAGGCGGGCCUUCAGCCGGAAAUCAAGGCUACGGACCAAACGCUGAGCGGGUUUUCGGUCCACCUCCGCAGAUCAGGACCAACCAGGACGCCCUCGGGUCGCGCGACUUCCUGCCGGCUGGCCCGACUCACCGCCGAUUUUGCGAAUGUGUCUUUUUUUUUUUGUUGACUCGGUUCUGGAGGUGCCGGGGUCAAAGUGCAGAAGGCAAUCCCGGAAACCUCCCAGUCGCGGGACGUCAAAAUUGAAGGCGGAAUAAAUGCUCGGCAGGCUUUGUGUGUGAAAGAGGUCCCCGUUUGACCCUCCCUGCUCCCCCCCCCCAAAAAAAAAAAAAAUUCUUUCAGGGCUGCCUUGAGAUACGAGUAUCCCCCAGACACAACUUGUUUUUUUUUUUUUUGUUUUUUUUUGUGGGGCGUGGGGGGCAAGUGAAUGUAACGGCAAACAGACAACGGCACGUCCUGUAUUUAAAACAAUGUCCACUUAGCUUUAUGCCAACACUAAAUGGGAAACACCAUAGACGGGCUAACAAAACUAACCUUGAGGAAAUAUUUCAGUAUUUACACACAUAUAUUAUUUAUUUGACGACUGCAAUAGUUCUGAAAGUCGUCUUUCAGCCGAUCUCGAUUGACUGUUUUAUAUUGUGUGUGUGUCCCCCCCCCCAUGAACGACUCAUCUGAUCUCAAGGCCCCCCCCCCCCCGCCGUUCUUCAAAUUUGGUUUCAUUUCUUCGUCUUUUUCAUCAGGAUUCUAAAAGUUCACCUUAACGUGUUUUUUUUUUACCUCUUUUUUAUUUAUUUGUAAUUUAUUGGCUGCCUUCCAGGCGAACGUCCACGAUGUACAUUAAGUGUCGGAAAAAAAAAACAAAAGAAAGAAGAACCAAGUAUGGGGAAAGUGUUGUGAAUGUGAACGUGAGAUGAACGAAAUUAUGAAAAAAACUUUGGGUAAAUUUGCUCACAUUGAUCGAAGUUUACCAGUCGUCCUUGUGGGCGUGGCCAAUCAGCAUGCAGACCGUCGCGGACCGACGUCCGAGCGGGUCGCCCUUUGCAAACGUGGACAUUUUUUCUUUUUCUACUCGGACGAGCUGAAGCUGAGGACGACUCUGAGGAGCGCGUCGAGACGUUUGUGUUGCUGUUGUCGUCGUCGUCGUCGUCGCUGUCACUUCCUGUCCGGUCUGAACGUCGGCCACACGUUUGGCUUGAAUAAAACACUCCGAGGGACUCGUUUGGUUUCUCGCCGGUCGCCGUCGGUGUCGAACGGACCACAUUUGGUCCAUUCAGAAAAAUAAAAUCAAUUUCAUACGCUCCGUUCAGCCCAAUGAAACUCAAAGUGCGCUACGCCAAUGUACAACUUUUUUUCUGGUUUUUUUUUUUUUUAACUCCUAAAAAACAUUUUUCAAGUAGAGUACAUUUUUCAUUUCACUUAUUGCUGUUAAAAUGACAAAAGUGCAAUAUUUGCUGACAGGAAUACCAAAGUUGACACAAAAAAACCCCC